CCGUACCAGAACCGGGAUAAGGAGCCAGAGCCCCACCCUGGGAACCGCGAGGGGCCCUAUCAGAACCGGGACGACCACUACCGGGACCAAUGCCAACUGCACCGAGAUGGUGGCUCCCUCCGGGAGCGAAGUGGCCCCCACCCAAACCGAGACAAGGAGCGGGAGUACCCCCGCCCACCCCGGGAGAGGGAGCGGGGCCCGCUGAGCCGGGGAGUGUCCCGGAGUUCCAGUCCUGGAGCCGGCGGGGGCCACAGCACCAGUGCCAGCACCAGCCCUGCCACCACCCUGCAGAGAAAGUCCGAGGUGACAACUCCGACGUCAGCGUGGAGGGGGACCCACCGGGCAGUGAGGCGGGGCCGACGGUGGACAGCCCGGGUAGCCAGGCGCCCUACCGCUGCGGGGCCGAGCUGGCCAAGGCUGGGGAGCCCUACGACGUGGGCCCCCUGACCGCCACCGUCUCCGCCUGCCACCCCCCGGCCCCUGGGCUGCCCUGGGCCCAGCGGGCGCGGCUCCAGCCGGCCAGUGUGGCCCUGCGCAAGCAGGAGGAGGAGGAGAACAAGCGCUCGAAGGCCCUGUCGGACAGCUAUGAGCUCUCCACCGACCUCCAGGACAAGAAGGUGGAGAUGCUGGAGCGGAAGUAUGGGGGCUCGUUCCUGAGCCGGCGGGCGGCCCGCACCAUCCAGACGGCCUUUCGCCAGUACCGCAUGAAGAAGAACUUCCAGCGGCUGCGCAGCUCCGCCUCGGAGAGCCGCAUGUCCCGCCGCAUCGUCCUGUCCAACAUGCGCAUGCAGUUCUCCUUCGAGGAGUUCGACAAGGGGCCGGCCACCGCCCCCUACUUCGAAGGCAAGCCGGCCUCCCUGGACGAGGGCACCAUGGCCAGCGCCCGCCCCCACCUGCUGGAGCGCGGGGGGCUGCCCUACGGGGGCUCCUGCAGGGCCGGCCUGGACAGCGGCUCGCUCCACGCCUCCUCCGGCGACUUCUGCAGCGAGAUCACCGAGCUGGAGGACUCCUUCGCCAAGCAGGUGAAGUCCCUGGCGGAGUCAAUCGAUGAGGCCCUGAACUGCCACCCGCUGCCGGCACCAGAGGCGGGGGGGCCUGGCCCGCUGGAGAAGAGCGAGUCGAAGGAGCAGCAGGGGGACAGCGCGGCCACCUCCUUCAGCGAUGUCACCCUGUACCUGGAUGAGGGGGUGCCGGCCUCCCCCCUCUCCCUGGAGCGGCCCCCCAGCUCGGAGCCCCCCGAGCCCGGCCCCCCGGCGGCCCAGCCCCGGCCGAGUUCUGGGGCCCCGCAGCGCGACAGCUCGGUGGACCUGAGCGACCGCUCUGAGCGCAGCUCUGUCACCGGGGCCUGGCCUACGGCCGACGGCUGCGGGGCCCCAAGUACCACCGGCCCCCUCCCCGGCCCCCUCCCCCACCCCUGCGCACAUACCGCCCCGAGCCUGCCCGCCCCCGCGCCCCGCCGCCCGGACGCCUGGUCCGAGCACUCGGACGGCGACAACGACAGCCUGCAGAGCAGCAGCAACUCCACCGAGACUGUCAACUGCAUCGGGUCCUCCUCCCGGGACAGCCUGCGGGGCCCCCCCGGCCCGGGCCUGUGCAAGCAGACGUACCAGCGGGAGACCCGCCACAGCUGGGACUCGCCCGCCUUCAACCACGACCUGCUGCAGCGGCGCCAGUACCGCAUCGGGCUCAACCUCUUCAACAAGAAGCCGGAGAAGGGGAUCCAAUACCUCAUUGAGAGAGGGUUCCUCUCGGACACGCCAGUCGGGGUCGCUCACUUCAUCCUGGAGCGCAAAGGCCUGAGUCGGCAGAUGAUUGGCGAGUUUCUCGGCAACCGGCAGAAGCAGUUCAACCGUGAUGUUCUCGACUGCGUGGUGGAUGAGAUGGAUUUCUCCAACAUGGACCUGGACGAUGCUCUGCGGAAGUUCCAGUCGCACAUCCGGGUGCAGGGGGAAGCGCAGAAAGUCGAGCGUCUCAUCGAAGCCUUCAGCCAGCGCUACUGUGUCUGCAAUGCCCCGCUCGUGCGCCAGUUCCGGAACCCGGACACCAUCUUCAUCCUGGCCUUCGCCAUCAUUCUUCUCAACACGGACAUGUACAGCCCCAGCGUCAAGCCCGAGAGGAAGAUGAAGCUGGACGACUUCAUCAAGAACCUCAGAGGAGUGGAUAAUGGGCAGGACAUCCCCCGCGACCUCCUGGUGGGGAUCUACCAGCGUAUCCAGAGCCACGAGCUACGAACGAAUGACGACCACGUCUCCCAGGUCCAGACUGUCGAGCGCAUGAUCGUGGGGAAGAAGCCGGUGCUGUCCCUGCCCCACCGUCGCCUGGUCUGCUGCUGCCAGCUCUAUGAGGUGCCCGACCCCAACCGGCCCCAGCGGCUCGGCCUGCACCAGAGAGAGGUCUUCCUCUUCAACGACCUGCUGGUGGUGACGAAGAUCUUCCAGAAGAAGAAGAUUAUGGUGACAUACAACUUCCGCCAGAGCUUCCCCCUGGUGGAAAUGCACAUGCAGCUGUUCCAGAACUCCUCGGAGCUAGAGAAGCAGAAGGGGGUGAUGCGCCCCAGCGCCUCGCCGGCGGGGGGCCCGAAGGAGGCGGUGAAUGGGACGCUGACGCGGAGCAGCCUGGAGGACACCUAUGGGCUGGGCGAUGGGCUGAAGCGAAGCGCCCUGAGCAGCUCCCUGCGUGACCUCUCUGACGCCGGCAAGCGGGGCCGUCGUAACAGCGUGGGAUCCCUGGACAGCACCAUCGAAGGGUCUAUCAUUAGCAGCCCCCGCCCCCACCAGCGCAUGCCCCCGCCCCCCGCUGGCAGAGUACAAAGCGCUCAGCCCCACUCCAACUCCUCCUCCUUCCAGCUCCCUCUUCGCAGCAAGCAGGGGCCGGCCCUUCCCACUGCCCCCGCAGCUCGCCCCCCUCUGCCCACCCCCGCACCACUCCCCUGA